AUGAUUGAAAAACACCAGCAAAACGAUGCGAACGAAUCGGAAAAUGCUGCUCUACCGCCAGAGGAGCAGCCACCCAGGGAAAUUGAACGAGAAAGAGAAACCGAUUUUGACUUGUUAUUCGUCCAAGAAAUUCAAGAAUAUCGUGUACUUCUUAACCAGGUUGUAUCCAUAAUGGACAAUCUGGAAAAUCUCGUUGAAGGGAUGAAAGCGUGGCGUGCAGCGUUGUAUGAUAUUGGAAGGCAGGCUUUUCCGGAAGUCUGA